UGAGUGAAUACCCAGCUGUUGGCAUUCCCAGAUGUGGUCCAGCGAGUCCAUUUAAAGGACAUUUGAGUACUAAGAGUAAUGCUUUCUGCAUUGACUCCUCUGGAAGUCUAACCAGCCAGUACAUGAUCAGAGAUCACAUGGUGUUUCAUUAUAACAAAAUCCGUUCAGCCAAAGCUGUUGUAGACUGUUCAAUGCCCAAGAGUAGGUUGGCCAGCAUCAAACUUGCUGACCAGCAAAGAAGAGAGAAACUGAAAAAGAAGAUAGCAAGGUGUGAAGAGGAAAUGAAUGCGUGGAAAACUUCCUCUCGUUCCAGCUCAAGAGGGAGCAAAAGGCUGCUGCCAUCCUCUUCUGGAAAGGGUUUCUUGGAAGCAGAAGACAAAGACAGUCUCUCCCCCUGUGCUUGGCAAGAACAGUACCUAUCAAGAGCGCUGUCUCCUUACAGAGAGCAUGGCUUUGUUCACUCUAGUCCAGUAAAAUAUGCCAGAAAUGUUUCUCGGAAUACAUCUAAUACAUGUGACUCAAACUCAAGUGCCAGUACCUCAGGUACACCAAGAAAGUGGUCUGGACUUUCAUGCAGUUGCUCCACUGAUAGUUUUGUGAGCAUUAGUCGUUCCCAGAAGCAUCAACAAAGCAGCUCCAAAGUAUGCAGUGGGGAUCUUCUGGACAGGCACUCCGAAUUCUUUACUGAUAGCCGAAAACCUUUUACUCCACGUACUUUAAUAUCGGAUGCUAAAUCUUUCCUGUCAGAGUACAGGUAUUACACUCCUGUUCGAAGGAAAAGGAAAAAUCACUGCAAGCAGUAUGUGGAAAUUCAACCGCAGACUGGUGAGAUCAGCUCUCCAUCUGCAGACAAAGCAUCUGAGAAAGAAGUUAUGCCUGAACAGCAGAAGAUCCCAUUGAUGGCUGAAGACAGAAGAUGUACUGUGGAUGAGCCUGAGAGAGGAACAGCUGCUUCUCCAUAUUCCUUCCUAAGAGAGACAUCAUUGUAUUCGCAGCAGCCUUCAGCAAGGACUACCGAGGCUGAAGAAGAAGAGCUUUUAUAUUUAGCUUUCGUUAAAGAUCUAACAAAUGAAAUUCUUAACCUUGGGCUAUUUUCUAACAGAGUUCUGGAACACCUGUUUGAGUGUCAUAUAGAAGAAAAUAAGAACCGUUUGGAUGAGACCAAAAUGCGCAGCUUCUUGAAUGUACUGAGAGCAGACCUUGGCUGCAGCCCGGGCAGCAGCACCGAGCAAAUCCACACAGGCUGUGAAACCUUUGAUUUGCUGGAUCUGCAAGAGAUUGAUACAACGGAAGAGCUGGAGUUUACCAGUAAAAAUCAGAGGCAAAGAAAAGCUACAAAAAGUGAAGAAUUCUUUGGGACCACAGACUUACCAUUAAAGGAACCAAACAAAGGUGAAUCACCACUAUGCAGAGAAAGUUCAAAGGAAACACAGAGCAAGGAUGACUUUUCAAAAGAUGUCACUGAAAUUAUGGAUGCUGGGACAGAGUCUGAUUCUUGUGUGAAAUGUAAAGAUGCCCCAGACACUUCCCCCUCAUGUGAGAAAACUUUAAACUUGAUUACUUGUGGCAGUGUUUUAGAAGCCAACAGGGAGCUUGAUGUUCUUGAGGAAAGCUUUGCAGAAGCCCUUCAGGUUUCACAUGACUAG